CGGGUGGCCGCGUUUCCGCUCGCUCUGCCGCCCACCCCAGGAUGAAAGCGUUGGCGGGCUGCGACCUGGCGGGAGCGCCCCGCUGGGGGCCAGCCGCCCGCUGGACUCCAGGAGAAUUUCACUCCGGCCUUCCCCGUGCAGUUGAAAUGCCUCGGGUCUGGGCCUGAGAAGGCGCCGCAGUGCGUACCCUCAACCCCCAAAUUUGGUGUCCCUGGGCGGAUCCUUAAUUUGCCCGGUUCACAAAUUCUGGCCAUCCCAGGGUCCGAUGAAGAUUCGGUGGAGAGUGUUGGUGAAUGCACUUUGGAACCUGGCGUGCAAGAAGACAAAGUAUGUGUGCACUAGGUUGAGGCUACUUGGCUCAAGCCACAGUUUGCUUCCAGAGACCUGGACUAAGAGUGGUUUUUAUUUAUUUAUCAGAUUUUCAUAAUUCUGCAUUCUUUGUCAGUCGUUUCCUCGUCUUAACAGUCUCUUUGCUUUCCCCCGUUUGUUACGCUUGCUGCUUUACAAGGGAUAAUAAUAGUCAUCUCUUUUGUAGCGCUUUGUAAAAUCUCCUAAUCCGAGUUUUUUGGGGUCCUGGGACUAUGUUUACUGCUGCGAGAGGCAACUCUGACCUUUGACCUAGUGCCCUCUGUGUAGAGUUUUGCGCGUUGAGGAUAGGGAGGGAAGAUUAAGCGGUGGAGGGCCCAGGAGUGAUCUCUAAAUCUUGUUAAUCUUCAGGACUUUCCACUGUUCAGCAGCGCUGUGGUUCAGGGUCAGUUAUGCAAGUGAUUAGCUGGGUACUGUAAUGCUUAUACAAUAUACAACGUUUACUUUCCGGUACACAUCGGAGAACCGUGAUUUUCAUAUCCUAGCUGAUUAUAUUCUUAGUAUUUCAGUCCUUUGCAGCUUGGAUUGUUGGGGGCAGCAUUUGUGAUCAUUUAAUUUUUCUUGGGGAGCAUAUUUAAGUGAAGCAGGUACACUUGCGUGAGAUGCUGUUUAAAAAAUCUUUUAGGAGAGAGCAGGACGUCCGGCUUCCAGCUCGGAAUUUUAGUACUGUCAGCAACCAAAGAGAGAAUUAAAUAUGGGUGAUAUUGAGAAAGGCAAGAAGAUUUUUUUUCGGAAGUGUGCCCAGUGCCAUACUGUGGAAAAAGGAGGCAAGCACAAGACUGGGUUAAAUCUCCUUGGUCUCUUUGGAAGGAAGACAGGUCAGGCUGCUGGCUUCCCUUACACAGAUGCCAAUAAGAACAAAGGCAUAACCUGGGGAGAGGAUACCCUGAUGGAGUAUUUGGAGAAUCCUAAGAAGUACAUCCCUGAAACAAAAAUGAUCUUCACUGGCAUUAAGAAGAAGGAAGAAAGGGCAGACUUGAUAGCUGAUCUCAAAAAAGCUACAAAUGAGUAGUAGAUGGCCAUUGCCUUAUUUAUUACAAAAGAGAAAUAUCUCACGGCUUUUU